UGGCCUUUCUCUGCAGCACUUAAGUGUAUCCCUUUUGUGGGAGUGAUCCUGAACGACAUGAUCUCCAUGUUGGAGUUAGUCAAGGACAGCAGGAUGAGACAAGCAUUUUGUGGUGUUCUGGAAAAAUGGUCAAGGGCAGUGAAUGGAUAUUUUACGAACUGGGAAAAGUGCUCAUUCCCCAGAAUUGGUGAAUCACAAUUCUGCAAUCAAAUUCUUCCCUUAUAUUGUCAUGUGACCAGCAACUGGCUGACCUGUGAGGAGCUGGAGCUCAAGCAGGCCAUCAUCAAAGCCCUUGGUCCCAUGAUGGGCAUCCUGCUACACAAAAAGGAGCCGCAAAAUCCGAUAUUUAAAGAGAUCUCAUGGCUCCUUGAGCAAUAUAAGGAGGAAAUUGAUGUUUUUCACGUCACCAAGGUGAGGUACCACUCAUUAAGGUAACUGUCUCUGUGUGUGCAUGUAUGAACUGCAGGAGGAAUUUGCUGCCAGUGGGGUUUCCUGGUCUAGAUAGUGACUUGUUAGAUAAUAAAUAUGCACACAAGUUCUGGGUUUAUACACAUGGUGACCCAGGCAAC